CACGGAGUUGCCCAUGGAUGUGACCAUGGAUGUGCCCGUGGAACUGCCCUCGGGGCUGCCCACGGCCACUGCCACCCCCUGGGGCAACGGCACCGCCUGGGCCCCCCUGCCCGGACACGGGGUCAACGACACGGGCCUGCAGCGGGCCAAGAAUGCUACAUCCAUCCUCAUCGCCAUCGUCAUCACUGCGCUCUACUCCGUGGUGUGCGUGGUGGGGCUGCUGGGCAACGUGCUGGUCAUGUACGGCAUCGUCAGGUACACCAAGAUGAAGACAGCCACCAACAUCUACAUCUUCAACCUGGCACUGGCUGAUGCACUGGCCACCAGCACACUGCCCUUCCAGAGCGCCAAGUACCUCAUGGAGACCUGGCCCUUUGGGGAGCUGCUCUGCAAGGUCGUGCUCUCUAUUGACUACUACAACAUGUUCACCAGCAUCUUCACCCUCACCAUGAUGAGUGUGGACCGCUACAUCGCCGUGUGCCACCCGGUCAAGGCCUUGGACUUCCGCACGCCGGCCAAAGCCAAGAUCAUCAAUGUCUGCAUCUGGGUGCUCUCCUCCCUCAUCGGAGUGCCCAUCAUGGUCAUGGCAGUCACCAAGUCAAAAGAUGGUAUGGUCCUGUGCACUCUCCAGUUUCCUGACCCUCCCAUCUACUGGGACACCGUGACCAAGAUAUGUGUCUUCAUCUUUGCCUUCUUGGUCCCCAUUUUGGUCAUCACCAUCUGCUACGGGCUGAUGAUCCUUCGCCUGAAGAGCGUCCGGCUCCUCUCAGGCUCUAAGGAGAAGGAUCGCAACCUGCGGCGCAUCACACGCAUGGUGCUGGUGGUGGUGGCAGCCUUCAUCAUCUGCUGGACACCCAUCCACAUCUUCGUCAUCGUCUGGACGCUGGUGGACAUAGACAAGAAGAACCCCUAUGUGGUGGCCAGCCUGCACUUCUGCAUCGCUCUGGGCUACACCAACAGCAGCCUCAACCCUGUCCUUUAUGCUUUCCUGGAUGAAAACUUCAAGAGGUGCUUCCGAGAGUUCUGCCUGCCUUUCCGAGCUCGUGUGGACCAGAACAGCUUCUCCCGCGCCAGGAACACCACGCGGGAGCACGUCUCCACCUGCACCGCUUCUGAAGCCCGCAACAAGCCGAGAGAACAAGAGGCAAACACUAUUUCCAGCUCCAACCCUUGGGAUAUUUGCCUUACUGUGGCAUUUCUGUACAGGAACCCUGCUUUCUAA